AAGCUCAAUAAAUAUAAAUUAAAAAUAUAAAAUAUACACGUAUACAAAAAUGAGUGCGUACUUUUUCGUUAUGUUAAAAAAUAUUUUAAUUUUUGGGUUUAUAACCGAUAUUAUGAUGUCAUCUAAUGAUGCUACAUUAAACAAAAAUUUUGCUAAUAAAUAUAGUCUUCUCAAUCAUUCAUUAUUUGAAAAUGUUAUACCAGUUUAUAAGUAUCAAUGUUUACGUACUGGGAUUACUAUUGUAUUUGGUGAUAUUGAUGGUCCUAUUGUUAAUGGAUAUUUCACUUUAGCCACAGAAACUCAUGAUGAUGAUGGUAUUCCACAUACAUUAGAACAUUUAAUUUUUAAUGGUUCGGAAGAUUAUCCUUACACAGGAGUAAUUCCUUUACUGGCAAAUCGAUGUCUUUCUUCAGGAAUCUGUGCAAAUACACAUGUCGAUCAUACUCGUUAUACUGUCAGCACAGCCGGGAGUGAAGGAUUUCUUUCAUUGCUUCCAAUUUAUCUUGAUCAUAUUUUAUAUCCUACUUUAACUGAUGCUGGUUUUAUCACAGAAGUUCAUCAUAUAACUUCAGAAGGUAAAGAUGCUGGUGUUGUUUAUUGUGAAAUGCAAGGAUGUGAAAAUAAUGCAGAAGUAAUUGUAUAUCAAUCGUUUCUUAAAAAAGUAUAUCCUGGUAAAUGUGGUUACAAAUCAAUAUAUGGAGGAACUAUGAAAAAUUUACGAGAGUCAAUUACUAUUGAAAAAAUUCGUAAAUAUCAUCAAGCAUAUUACCGGCCUGAAAAUCUGUUACUUUUAGUUACUGGAAAAGUAGACCAUUCUUCUUUAUUUAAUAGUCUAGAACCAGUUAUCCAAAAAAUUUUAUCAAAAGGAAGCCGUGGAGAAUAUGUAAAACCCUGGCAAAAUUCUGUAGAUCCUCUAACAGAAUCUUCGAAUUAUGCAGAAUUAUUUCCAUGCGAUGUAGAGACCAAUGGUUUGAUCAAUAUUGGUUGGAGAGGCCCAAUUGGAUCAAUUUAUUCAUACAAGUAUAAGGCUUGUGAUUCACUUUUAAAUUAUUUAACUCGUUUUCAUAUUUUGUUAGAGUUUGUUCAAAUAUCUGACCCAUUAUGUAGCACGGUGUCUUUCCGUAUUAGCGAUAAUUUAAAUCCAUUUAUAAUUCUUGAAUUUUAUAAUGUACCAUUUCAAAAAUUAGACGAAGAACAAAUAUCAUCAAAAUUAAAUGAAGUAUUUAAUAAGCUUAAUUGUGAUAAUGAUUAUUUUAACCUAAAAACACUGAAAAAAUCUAUUAAAAGACGUAAGCUAUCUAAACUAAAAAAUCUAAAUAAUGAUCCUACUUUUACUUUAUCAAACUUAAUUAUUGGUGAUUUUUUGUAUGGAACGAGUCAAUCAGAUUUAGACGAAAGAUUGAAUACAAUUAAUAUUUUGGAUAAACUUCUCGAAGAAGAUAUCUCGUUUUGGAAACUGAUUUUGAAUGAUUAUUUAUUAAACAAUUAUAAAGUAGUUGUAAGAGGAAUUCCAUCUAUUAAAAAACAACAUGAGCUAGCUAAUGAAGAAAUUCAAAGAGUAUCACAACGCAAAAAAAAUUUAGGAGAAGAUGGUUUAAAAUUAAAAGCCAUUGAACUACUGAGUGCUAAAACAGAAUAUGAAAAAAAACCUCCCAGCGAAAUGUAUACUUCAGUCAAAAUUCCUGAUGUCACUCUGAUAAAUUGUUUAACUUAUGAUACUUUUUCAUCAAAUUCAAUAAAUCAACAUAAUUUAUUCAAAACUUCCGAAGUCCCAUUGUUUGUUGAAAUUAACAAUAUUAAAAGUAAUUUUAUUUAUCUGAGAGCAUUCAUCAACACUAAAGAUUUGGCAUUGAAUCUUAGAAAAUACUUACUCAUUUAUCUUGAUUUAAUAACGGAAAGUUCUGUAAUACGUAAUGGUAUACAAUUAGAUUAUACAGAAUUGAGAAAAGAUAUUCUUUUAACAAAAGCAUCUAUUGGGAUUGGUUCAAGAUAUUUUUCAUUUGGAUAUUUUACCUCGGUUAUACUUUUAACACUUAAAAUCAAACUAGAAAAUUAUGAUACAGGCAUUAAUAGGCUUCAUGAUUUACUUUGUAAUACAUUCAUUACUAAAGAAAUGUUUUCUAUUAUGUUAUCAAGAGUUAUAAAUGAAGUUCCUAGUUAUCGUAGGGAUGGACACUAUAUGUUAAAACAAAUUUUAAUAAAUAUGAUGUACAGACAAGAUAACAACGCUUACGCAUGUAGUACUUUAAAACAAUAUAAAUUUUUAACUAGCUUGCAAAAAACAAUCGAAUCUGAAGAAGGUUGGAAAGUUGUAAAUGAAGAUUUAAAUAAAUUAAAAUUAUUUUUAGCUAAUCCAGAUAAUAUUAAAGUACACAUAACUGGUAAUAUAGAUAAAUUAUUUGACAUUAACCCUGAAGCUUUUGCUGCAUUACAAAAAAUUAUUCCAGAUAAUUUAAAGGGAUCAGUACAACCAUUUAAAACACAGUUUGAUUCUGAUUAUAUAUUACCUCAAAACCAAUGUACAAUUCGAGCUUGUAUUGUUGGAAUGGGUUCUAUUGAAACAAGUAAUUUCAUCCAAGCUACAGAUUGUAUAAACGAUCAUAACCAUCCAGACAUCGCUGCUAUUCAUGUAUUUUUGGCAUACUUUACUCAGAUGGAAGGACCUAUGUGGAAGAAAGUUUAUGGAUCAGGUCUUGCAUAUUGCUGUGGUAUUGUUAUAGAGCCAGAUCACGGAAAAAUUUACUUAAUUUUACAAAAUUCUGUAGAUGUACCAGCUGCUUAUCAAGCUACUAAAUCAAUACUAGAUGAACAUUUAUCCAGUGGAUUUUCUUGGGAUCAAACAGUUUUCGAAUCAGCAAAAGGUUGUCUUACAUUUGAAAUGGUUAAUAAAGAUUGUAAAGUUAAUAAAUCAACUACUGGACCAAUUUUGUUGUACUUCCGAAAUUUAAAACAAUCUUAUAACCAGGACCUUAUUAAAAAAAUAUCAUUAGUAAAACUUGAAGAUCUUCCUGAAAUUGGCAGAAAGUAUGUGAAGCCAUUAUUUAAUCCACAAUCUACCAUAACUGCAAUGGUCUGUCCUCCUACAAAAGUUGAAGAAUCAGCUAAUGAAUUUGAAAAAAUUGGUAUUAAAAUGAAUGUGUACAAGUCUUUAGAUGAAAGUUUUUUGAAUAAUUAACAGCAUACUUAGAAUACUUUUUCAAAUACCUCUAGGAAUACUUUUUUGAAUCAUUGUAUCAAAUCUAAAAAUUAUUUUAUAUUUUAUUAAUAAACAAAAUACAUUACUCAGACCAAGACAAUCAAAGUAGAUGCCCAAAAAUUUUAAAUAUCCACAAUUUUUAAAAGUAUCACCAACUAAUAAUUAUCUAUUAGACAUAUUAGUCAUUAUAAUGUAUAUUUGACGUUUAUUAG